AUGUUUUGUGAUAUUGAUAUUCUUCAUUUAAUUAAUAUUGCUGUUAAACCUGAUAACUGGAAAGAACAUGAAAAAACCAAAUCUUUUAAAAAAGUUAAUGAUCUAUUGGCUAAUUAUUUUCUUAAAGAUUCUACUUUUAAUCGAUUAUCUAAACAUAAUAAAAUACGUGUUUUUAAAUCAAUUACAUACUUUAAUACUGAAGAAAUUUUUAAAAGAAUAAUUGGUAAUUUUGAGGCAGAACUUUCUUCAUUAAUUAAAAUGUUUAUUAAUAAUCAGGGACAAGAUAUCAAAUUUUACUUAUACGAUACGGAUUUUUUUAAUUCCUUUCUUUUUCAUCUUUACAUCCCAGUUAAGUUUAUGGCAUACUCUGAUAGAACAAAACGAAUUUUGAGUGCAGAUAUUGUAGAAACAGUUUUUCCAAAGAAUAUGAAAAUUGAAAGUUCAUUUAGUAUGUUAAUAAUAUUAUGCACGUGUAAAACACGUAAAUUCUUUCAAGUAGUAUCAAAAUUUGAAUACAAUUAUAUAAAUUAUAUUGAUCUUAGUGAAUGUUGGAUUUUUUUUGAUGAAUUAAAAAGAUUGUAUCCAGAGUACUUUCAUAUUGAUGGCUGUCUCGAGAAUCUACUUAGUACUACUUUUUUAAAAGAAAAAAGUACUGAGUCAUUUGGAAAUUUUUUGCAAAAAACUUGCUUAUAUUAUAAGGAAUAUAUUAUAAAAUUUCUUAAACAAUAUAACGUUGAAUUAUAUUGUACCUCAAGUAAAUAUGAUUUAAAGGUUAAUUGUAACUACUUAAGUGAAUUAUGUUUACUUUAUUUAAACAAUACGGAAUUAGAACGUAUAAUAAUUGAAAAAGAAAGUGAAACAAUUAAUUCUGAAGUAAGUAAUAAUACUAGUGAAGGAAAUGUUUUCUUAAAUAGCGAAAUAAGUAAUGAUGAGGAUAUAUCUCAGACAUCAAAGAAUGUUAAUGAAAUUAUAAUAUCUGAAACAAGUAGUAAUAAGGAAAUGAUGGAUGAUUAUGAAAUGCUAAGUGAUAGAAAUACAGAUGAGUGUAAUGAAGGAACAAACAAUUCUGAAAUGUUAGAUAACAAUAGUGUAAAUGAUCUAAGUUCAGGAAUAAAUAAUUCUAUAUUAUUAUGUGAUAAUAAUGAAAAUUCAAAGAAUUCUGAUAUUUUACAAAAAAACGCACGAGAUGAAUCAACAGUUCAUGAAAAUAAAGAACUUUUUAAUAGCAUAAUUGCAGAAAAUGAAAGAGAAGAAUUACUUGAAAAUGUGAAUGAUAUUCAAUCAAGAGAUCAUUCAGCACCACCAAAGACACCUGAAAAUACCAUUAAUAUUGAACAAGUAAAUGCUAAUAAAUGUCUCACUUCGAUAAGAAGUUAUAAAAGACGUAAGAGAAUGUUAAAUGAAUCAAAUGAAGUAAACGAGACUAUUGAUGAAACCAUAAAUGAUGUUUUGAAUAACGUGAAUUUAAAUGAUUCUUUAUCAAUUUUUCAAAUUAAGUGCAAAUAUACUUCUGUAAAUGACAAUGUUAUUCAACUUGUUUUACCUGAUAAGAAUAUGCGUCUAAUAAGUGUAAAAAAUAAUAAUGAUAUAUUAAACAUUGAAAUUUUAAAUUCAAAGAAUCCAAGUGUGAAAGAUACAACAAGAGGAAAAAUUGAAAAUGAUGUUAUAGAUAUAUAUCCAAUUAAAGACUUUAAAUCAAAAACUGUGUUAAUUCCUGAUGGAAAUAUAAAAUAUAGUUUUAACUAUAAAAUUAAUGAAAGAACUAAGUCUGACUUUGUUUUAUUGGAUAAAUCUGAUUUAGACAAUACAAGUCUUAAGUUAAUAUGUUUCAUGAAAUAUAGUAAACAAAACAAAGAAUUAAUUAAAGACACACUUGAUGAGAUGAAUAACUUAAUAAGACUAUAUGGAAGUGGAGAUAUAUCAAAAAACCUACGUUAUUUAAAACAAUUGAAUUCAUAUUUUCGUGAAAUACUAUUUUCUCUUGGCUUCACUAGAUGGUCUUCGAAGUAUAAAAGAUACAUAACGGAUAAAAUAAUAAAAUGCUUCUGUUUAAUUUAUUCUUAUCCAAUAGGAAUUUUAAAUCAAACAAAAUUAAUUAAUAAUAUAUAUCGUCAUUAUGAAAAGUUCAUCGUAGAUGAUAAUUCAUAA